GGUUUACGCGUGUGGACCUUUGUGCGAGGAGGAAGAUUCUGCUGUUCAUAGGUGAGCUACGGGAGCCAGCAGACGAGACUAGGGCUCAGCAAACGUGGCAAAAAUCGAUAGCAGCAGAGGACGGGACGAGAUGCCAGUGUGUCAGGCAGUCCAGUGGCGACCGUGGCCCGGGCAGCACGCCGCUCCCCGCCCUGCGCCCGUCCCCGCCACUUGAUCCUCGCGCUCGUGUGCCGAACCCUGGGACUUGCGCCGCUAGCUCCUCCGUUCCUUCCUCCGCAGUGCCGCCGCUGACCACUAGUUGCCUCAGUGCCAGGCUGCUUGCGUCCCUCUCACCACGAAGCGAGCGAGCGAGUGCGAAGAUGAAGCAUUAGCCGCGCCGCGCUUCCCUCCCUCCCACUCCUUGACGUCGGAACUCGAAACUCAAGGUCACACCGCCGCGGCCCUCAGCACCAGAGGGUCACCAAGACGCGGGUCGCGCCGCAGUCCUCUUAUCCUCCUCCUUCCCUACACCUGAGUCGUGCCCAAGGGACGUAACCCAAACCAUCGAUCCUUCCCACAAGAGCACGUGAAGAGGAAGGCGUAAUUGUUAUGCAAACUUAGGGAGGUAAUAGGCCGACCGCCGAGCGUGAGCCACCUGCCCUGGCCUCAGUGACCGCUGCUGCUGCUGCUCCUCCUGCUGCUGCUCCUGCUGCACGCCAGCUCCCCCGAGGCCCGUGACCGCCUGGAACCAGCCAGGCCCUGAGACCAGUCCCGAGAAGGUAGCGGGAUAUCCGGCCAGAGAGUGAGGUGGUCGGAGGAGGUAAAUGAGCAAAGGCGGUUGGAGGCAUUGUGAUCCUGUUGCCUCCUGCACUCCUCCCAGUAUCUGCUAGCCCACAAUACACGAGGGAUGGCGUGGCGGAGCGUGGUGGUGGUGGUGGCGUGGAUCACGGUGACGGUGGUGCACGGGGCCGAUGCGCGGGACCCCCUGGUAGUGCAGACGCUGAAAGGGUCCGUGCGGGGCAAGACCAUCACCACCGUGACUAACCGCCAGGUGGAUGCGUGGUACAACAUUCCCUACGCCCAGCCGCCCGUCGGGGAACUCCGCUUCCGUCACCCACGCCCGCUGGACCGCUGGCAUGGCAUCAAGAACACCACCACGCUGCCCAAGUCCUGCAUCCAGCUACCCGACACCUUCUUCGGGGACUUUAAGGGCGCCACCAUGUGGAACCCCAACACGGAGAUCAGCGAGGACUGCCUCUACCUCAACGUGGUGGUGCCAAAGCCGCGCCCCAUCAACGCCUCUGUCAUGGUGUGGAUAUUCGGCGGCGGCUUCUACUCCGGCACGUCUACGCUCGACGUCUACGACUACAAGAUGCUGGCGGCGGAGCAGAACGUAAUUGUUGUGGCGCCCCAGUACCGUGUGGCCUCGCUCGGCUUCCUCUACAUGAUGAACUCAGACGUGCCGGGCAACGCCGGGCUCUUUGACCAGCUGAUGGCGCUGCAGUGGAUCCACGCCAACAUUCGCUUCUUCGGCGGCAACCCUAACAACAUCACGCUGUUUGGGGAGUCUGCCGGCGCUGUCAGCGUCAGCAUGCACCUGCUGUCCCCGCUGUCCCGGAACCUGUUCAGCCAGGCCAUCAUGCAGUCCGGCUCUGCCACGGCUCCCUGGGCCAUCAUCAGCAAAAAGGAGAGCAUCAUGCGCGGCCUGCGGCUGGCCGAGGCCGUGGGCUGCCCGCACAACAAGAACAACCUGACCGCUGUCAUAGACUGUCUGCGCAAGACCAACGCCACCACGCUGGUCAACAACGAGCCGUCUUCUGGCAUCUGUGACUUCCCCUUCGUGCCCAUCAUUGACGGGGCUUUCCUGGACGAGCGGCCCACCACGUCCCUGCGCAACAACAACUUUAAAAAGACCAACAUCAUGAUGGGCAGCAACACGGAGGAAGGCUACUGGUUCAUCAUGUACUUCCUGACGGACAUCUUCCGCCGGGAGGAGAAUAUCAAGGUGACCCGCAGCGAGUUCGAGGCCUCAGUGCGUGACCUGCACCCGUACUUCAACGAGGUGGUGCGCCAAGCCAUCAUGUUCGAGUAUACCGACUGGAACUCCCACGACGAAGGCUCCAUGUAUCGCAACGCCAUCGACAAGAUGGUCGGCGACUAUCACUUCACCUGCAACGUGAACGAGUUCGCCCACUACUACGCCCAGGCAGGGAACAACGUGUACAUGUAUUACUACAAACACCGCUCCUCGCAGAACCUGUGGCCCAAGUGGAUGGGCGUCCUGCACGGCGACGAGAUCAGCUUCAUCUUCGGCAAGCCGCUGUACCCCGAGAAGGAAUACACCACAGAGGAGCAGAUGCUGUCCCGCCGCAUGAUGACCUAUUGGGCAAACUUUGCCAAGACCGGGAACCCAAGCGAGGGGAGCGAGAGCACGUGGAUGAACACCUAUUGGCCAGUCCACACCAACACGGGCCGCGAGUACCUGACGCUGGCCACCAACAACUUCUCCACGGGCAGAGGACCCAGACUUAAAGAAUGUGCCUUCUGGAAAAAGUUCGCGCCUAAGCUACUCAAAUUAACAGCCAAUCUGCCGAGCCAGGGUGCGGAAAAAUGCCCCAAAGUCGACACUGCAGGAUCCGCCGGAAGGGAACUAGGGCUGGCGGCUGCCCUGGCCACACCUCUCCUCCUCAUCUACUCCUCCAUGACCCGGCCGUGAUGGGCGUCGGACCUACCUCGACACAGCGCCUCCUCCUGUACCAGCCGCUGCUACGGAGAGCGGUUGUCGAUACUGAAGACGACAAGUUGCUGUUUAAUGUCGCUUUAAGUAUGAUGAAGGUGACGAUACGUUGCUGUUUGCUGCCGCUUAGUAUGUUUACGGGGGGACGGACGAGUCGCCCCACUAGUUGAGAGCUAAUUAGCUACAGAAUCUGCCACGCUAAUACAGUGUAGACACAGAUUCCUUAGCAGUCUUAAGAGCGCUGACUAGAGUUUGAUCGUCAGUAGUUACUGAAUACGAAUAGGUAAUCAAAUACAAUAUAUCAUAAAGUCAAUGGUUACUCUAACGAAGAUGAAAACUAAAGGUACAGGGAAGGUCUGUAUACUACGCUGGGUCUCGGAUGAAAGGCCAAAGGGGAAGGAUGUACUAUUACGGGGAAAAAAAAAAACAUAAAAGAACAGGUCCAGGGGGUGGCUGGCUGUCCGACCCUGUCUCCUUGAGGCCUCUCGGGAGCUCAGCCACGGACGAGAAAGAGGCCACUUGGUAGAGGUAAGAGACGAAAACCUCAGGACUUGUUGUACGUGAGCAUAUAAGGAUCAAAGUUCACACACACACACACACACACACACACACACACACACACACACACACACACACACACUAAUAUAACCUUGUAAGAUAAGUGUCUGAUCGGUCUGGCCACAAGGCAAGACUGCACAGCCUCCCGCCAGCCCAGCAAGCCCUGAGCGUUGAGACAGGCUGGCGGGAGGGCGGCGCUAAGAAUAAGUAAUUUCUUUCACCUGGUGAGUGCGGAGAGCAGAUCUUUCGUUCAUCCGGAAACUAAUACUAACAUUGGGACUCGUGUCGUCUCUCGCAGAUAUCAACCAAACAAACAACCAGACAAAUAAACCAACACUUUUUCCCCUUACCUAGUUUCCUUUAAUCGCAUUGCAUAAGCUUGAAUAGAUGCUGGGAGGAGAGUGUCUUACUAUCACUAACCUUACUCUUUUCUUAUGACGCAAUACCCUCUUUACCCUCUCCCACUCUCUCUCUCCCUCUGAAGAUAACUCACUGGACUCCAUAAGCCCAUACAUAUCUUUCCUGUAGCGAUAGAGAGCAAGGGUCCACAAGUUAUCGAGUGCUGAGGCCCGCCAGUCACUCCCCCACCAGUACCAGUUGUGGGCGGGCGGGGCGGGGCUGGACGGGGCGGGGAAGGGAGGCUGGAGAAGAGGAAAGGAUGACGAGCUCCAAACACGCUAUCAUUAUCAUCAGUGUAAACUAAGAGAGGAGUGAACAAGUGUGUGAGAUGGAGGUGUUGUCUCUUCUCUGUCUCCCUGUCUGUCUAUUUGUCUGUCUUCACAUACACAUAGAUGAGUUUGUUUACCUCUGUUCCUGUCUCUCAUACUGUCUCUCUCUCUCCACACACACACACACACACACACACACACACACACACACACACACACACACACACACACACCUAUGUGCCGUCAGAAGGGCUUACGUAUAUGUCGUGUGCUCCUGUCUGUGUGUGCGUGACGUCUAUGUGUACAUGUGUACGUACGUUGUGUCCAAACGGGGGACGGACAGCGAGCCAUUUUGCCGGGAUAUAGUCACUAACACACACACACACACACACACACACACACACACACACACGAUCUUUGACUCUCUCUCUCUCUCUCUCUCUCUCUCUCUCUCUCUCUCUCUCUCUCUCUCUCUCUCUGCUACGAGAAGUGACUUUGGGAUGAAAAGGCACAGAAGAACAUGAUGAUGAUGAUGGCGAUGACGAUAAUGAUGAUGAUGAUGAUGAUGAUGAUGAUGAUGACGAUGACAGGAAGAAAGGAUUAUGAACCUUAACUGAUCCACGCCUCCUCCUCCUCUUCCUCCUCCUCCUCCUCCUCCUCCUCCUCCUCUUCCUUCUAAUCACAAGACUCCUCCCGCGAUCUAGAAGCUUAAUAAAGACCUCGUGAUCUCUUACUAACUAGCUAACUAACUGUCUAACAAUUAACUUAUUACCUAACUAACUCUAUAUGAAGUGAUCAGAGAGUACUGUAUUAUACUAAGGGUCAUUUGAACCUCUUUAUUAUUCCCUUCACUACACGAGCCUACAUAAGCUAUAUAUUUAAUGAGAGAGAUUAAGAGUAAGAAAUAUUCAAUAAAAUAAAAAAAAUCACGUUUAUUGUUAGGUCACAUGUACAUUCUUGAGAAGUUUUUUCCUCUUUGUUUCGUCCUCUCUAUAGAUAAACUUUACAAAAUAUUACUAACUUAAGGGUGUCUCUCUAAUGUCAAGUGUCUAUAGAAUUUCCUGAUCGCUGGUAUGCUUGUGAGUGUUUAAAGUAUGUACAAACAUUAGAAGCAUAUAGUCGCCUUGGAUAUAUAUCUUUUUUAUGUCAUGAUAUCAACACGGCAGGUUCAAAAACAUGAUGGAUCAAACAAAAAUCAAAUCUCGUCGAAUGCGGGAAGAAAAAGGACAAUCGUUGAAGGAAAAGCCAAAACCUACAAAAAAACAAUAAAAAAUAUAAAAAAAGACAAAACAAAACCAAAAAAAUCCACAAAAAAUACAAUAAAAAAAUGGAAAAAAACGAACGACUCUAACUUACAACUUACUAUGUGUUUUGGACCUGCUGGCCUGGGAGUCUUGAGACCGAACCUGUUAUAACAUGUAGCCGAGAUCAGGCCUCGAGGAUUGGUUCACUGUUCAUUCUUUGAUCAGUUCUAGUGAAGACAAUAUUAGGGAACAUAACUCCCGAUUCUGACUAAGGAUAGAACACACACACACACACACACACACACACACACACACACACACACACACACACACACACACACACAGAAAGGACAAAUGAAGGUAAAAUUCGACAACUAUAGAUUCGGAGACAGGAUUACACGAGUCUGUACUACAACUAGGCGCACACACACACACACACACACACACACACACACACACACACAGCUGUUACCCUCUCGUGCGUAUUGUGCAUGAGUCGAUACACGGACAUCUCUAUCCUCCGCUAAUGAUGUGCUUCAUUUUACGGAAGCACAGGUAAUGUUAUGUGUCUUGCAUGUGUAAAUAUAUAACAGUAUUUGUAGUCUCUUGAAGUAUAUAGUUAUAUUAAAAAUGUUUAAAAUAAUUAGUAGAUUUUCAUCACAACUAUUCAUAAUAUUUUGUUUGUGAUGUUGUCUGACCUCCAGUAGAUCUUGCUGUUAUGCUAUUGGUGCUUACACUUGCUAGGGUCGAUAGCCAGGUGCUCGGGUCUUCAGUAAGCUCCGCAAUAUGACCUAGACAAAACAGGACCUUACUGAACCUCUAGGAGACUGGACAUUCGCCCUAGAUAGUCGCCUAGAGCAAGAGAAAUCCUCAAUAUUCAACCUCAAAUCUCCGUUACUGACCCAACACUGCCGCUGUCUCGGCCCGGUCGCGUCCCCGUCCCGGCUCCUCCUCCUGGUGGAGGGAGGCAGGCCGCGCGGGGGUGCCCUGGGGAAGGGAAAUCUCGGUCUUGGUGCCCGAAGCCCUCUGGCGCCGAGGCAAGCUACUAAGUCAGGGAGACAGUCGCCAGAGCUGGCAGUCGGCGGCUCAGGUCCUGGACAGGGAGAGGAGGAGAGCUGCAGGCAACACCCAAGCCAGGCAGAUGCACGCUCCCCACUCUCUUACGGUGUCCUGAGGGGGAGGCCACGCGGCACCGGUGUGCGGCGGCGUGACCAGCUGCUGCCCGACACGACUGUGUGAGUGUGUCAUGCAACACCCAGACAGCACAAGGUCUCGCCACUCGGCAGUGUGCGGAGGUAGCGUCACCUUGAAGUGGAGAACAGCUGUGCGGGGCUGCUGCUGCUGCCGCAGAGCAAUGGAUGGAGUGUGGGAGUAAGGCGCGGCGGCCUCAGAAAGUACCGAAACACAGAGCAGCGGGCCGGGGACCGCCCGCGGGCCCGCUGCGUCCCAGCCUCACGUUGGCGGCGUCGGGGGGCGCGGCAGCCUCGUCAUUAUUCCCAGCUUUCAUAAUGUUCAUUUGAGGGAUGCUGCUUCAUCCCGAGGCCAUUUUUUUACCUUUAACAACAUUCAUGAUAAUCAAAUAUGACUCUGCGAAGCACUGGCGCAUUUCUAUAUUGUUUCCUAGAUUUAAGUGUUACAUGUAAUGUAUUUCAUACAUAAUCAUCAUUGAUCAUGUUAACAAACUCAAACAUUCUCUUUCGUUGUUGUUCUCCAUUCCUCGUUAAAUGUUUAUUAAAAAUUAUCUAACUGCGAUGCCAAGAUGUGCAAAAUUAAAUAAACUUUUAGCCAAAAA